AAUGGAAAAACCACGACAAUGUUUGGUGUUUGUGUUUGAUUCUCAUGAUAUAAGUCAAUUAAAACAUUUUGAUUAGUUUUAAAUCAUUUAGUUUAUCCAAUUUCUCAAUUAAUUUUUCAAGUGCUUUCGCUUUCAUUUGGUGUUGAACUAUUUAAAUCGCAUUCAAUCAUAAUAAUAAAAACAAAACCAUUCAACAAAAGAGAGUUGAGUGUGAAGGCUAUUGCCAUAUUGGAAUUGGCUCACAAUUUAAAAUGUGCAGUUUUUAUCUGUUUUUUUUUCUAAACUGAUAAGCCACGACGUGUUUGAUAUUGACACAUCAAAGAUUUGCUUAUGGUCGAAUGUUCUUGUAAAUGUCGGCUAAAAGCAACACUUGAUGGAUAAUAGGUAUACUUAAACCUUAUCAUGAGUAAACAAUCAAAGUCAAUCCACGCCAAAAAAAAUAAAUGGUAAAUACAAUGAAAGGCAAAUAAGGGACAUUCCAAAAUAUAUUCUUAGUCAUUUGAUAGCAAUUUUGCUUUGAAAAUCUAUAAAAGUUUAUUUUCAUCUCAGAUAAAUGUGCCACAUGAUAAAAAUCCGUUAAUGAAUUUCCGAAGCCCAACAUUUGAACAACCAAACGUUUUCGAUACAUACACAUUCAAAUAUAGGAAAACAAUAGAAAAAAAAAAGAGUUGGAGGUUGAUUUAAGUUGGCAAUGGUUGUUCAACAGGCAAUCAUAUGAGUCAGAGCAACAGCAUACCAAUACACAGAUAAAUGCGUGUCUCAGACGUUCAUAUUGGAAUUGGUUUGACGUCUAGUUUGAAUUGUUCGAUUUCGCCGCCACAUUGAUUGAGACUGAACGUUUCGCCUGUAUCUGUCAAAUAUUCCACUGGACGAAAUGUCAAGUAGACGGAAAGCAAGUAUGGCGCCAUCCAUUUCAGUGCGAAAUCGUGUGCAGUCAAAUAGCAACACACAUCAAAGAUCUACGCGAUAAAAUACAGAGAGUACGCACACAUUAAACGUCUCAUUGUGUCCAACUCAACUGAAAUUAUACGCAACAAAAGAGAGAAAAAAGGAAUAGAAUCCGUUCGUAAUGUUGUUAUUGUUUUGAGGAAACGAGGAAUUUUUAAUUUUGCACCGUACUUGAUAAAUUUUCUUCGUCACAUUCAAGUGUGUCGCAUGUGGCAAAUGUUGUGCGACGUAUAGAGCAACUUCAACGUGGAAAAGAAUUCCACGAAACUUGAAAAAAAAAAAUUGUUACAUAGAAGCGAGACGAGACGAGAAAGAGAACGAGAACGAGCAUAGAGUACAUUGGAGCUGUGAGACAUACAGACGAAGUACGAAUCAAUGAUCGUUUUGUUGUGUAAUUCGUCGAUGUAUACACAUUAUCGCCGAAAUAAAAAAUAGCGAUUUGCCAGUGGCUACUCAACGAAAAACGGCAACGGUAGCAUUACACAAAUCGAUUGAACGCGAUUUUAUUUUUUGAAGGGAAAUUUGUGCUUACAACAACAAUAACAAAGAUAUACACACAUAAAUAUAGUACCGAAUUAUUGAUGAGCCAUGAGUGUUGAUGCGUACGGUUCGAGCUCACAGACGCUCACUUUUUUGGACACGGAAGAGCAUGAGUUGAUCGGUGGUGCGGAUACACAAGGAACGGACUUUGACUUUCGUGAUUUCACCAUCCCGUCACAAAGUCAAACACAAGCCUCACAAUUGGAUCAUUUAACGGGCGGCGGAUCGAGUCAGUUGAAUGGCAUUGGAGCAAUCAAACGAAAUGACGGCACACACCAGAAAUUGGCAAUUAUCACCGGUGGCAUGGCUGAAUUGCAAUUCGAAGAGGAGGACGACGAUGCGGUAGCACAAGUACAGGAAUUACCGUUGCACGCUUGCAAAUACUGUGGCAUUCAUGAACCGAGCACCGUUGUCAUGUGUAAUGUGUGUAAAAAAUGGUUUUGCAACGGACGUGGCAAUACGUCUGGAUCGCACAUUGUUAACCAUUUGGUGCGUGCAAAGCAUCGAGAAGUUACACUUCACUCAGACGGUCCAUUGGGCGAAACGAUCUUAGAGUGCUAUUCAUGUGGUGUUCGAAAUGUGUUUAUUUUGGGUUUUAUACCAGCCAAAGCUGAUUCGGUGGUGGUUUUGUUGUGUCGACAACCAUGUGCCGCUCAAAGUUCACUGAAAGAUAUGAGCUGGGACCAAGAACAAUGGAAACCACUGAUAUCCGAUCGAUGCUUUUUGAGCUGGCUGGUCAAAGUACCAAAUGAACAAGAUCAAAUGCGUGCACGUCAAAUUUCCGCGUCGCAAAUCAACAAAUUGGAAGACAUUUGGAAGGAGAACAAUGAUGCAACGUUUCAAGACCUUGAGAAACCGGGUGUCGACACGGAGCCAGCUCAGGUACUUUUGCGUUAUGAAGACGGGUUUCAAUAUCAAAAAGUCUUUGGGCCAUUGGUUCGUUUGGAAGCCGAAUACGAUAAGCGAUUAAAGGAGUCGCAAACGCAAGAGAAUAUUGAAGUUCGCUGGGAUGUUGGCUUGAAUAAGAAAACCAUCGCAUAUUUUACGUUGGCCAAAACCGACGGUGAUAUGAAACUGAUGCACGGCGAUGAGCUUCGCUUAUCGUACGUUGGGGAAAUGCACAAACCAUGGUCUAGCAAUGGACACGUGAUCAAAGUACCAGACAACUACGGCGAUGAUGUGGGUUUGGAAUUGAAAAAUAGCGCCAGUGCUCCAGUCGAAUGCACAUCCAAUUUUGUUAUUGAUUUUAUUUGGAAAGGAACAUCGUUCGACCGCAUGCAGUAUGCCUUGAAUAAAUUUGCUGUGGAUGAGAACUCCGUUUCGAACUAUAUCUACUCACGGCUGCUUGGCCACGGCAGACAAGAUGGUUCCGAUGAAAUCACCUUCCGCAACCAAUCGCUGCCGAAACAUUUCAGCGCACCAAAUUUGCCCGAUUUGAAUCGAUCACAAGUGUACGCUGUUAAGCAUGCACUUCAACGUCCACUCAGUUUGAUUCAAGGGCCACCAGGUACUGGUAAAACUGUUACGUCGGCCACCAUCGUCUAUCAGCUUGUUCGUCAAAAUGGUGGUCCAGUCCUAGUUUGUGCGCCAAGUAACACAGCCGUCGAUCAAUUGACGGAAAAAAUCCAUAAAACCAAUUUGAAAGUGGUGCGUGUUUGUGCAAAAUCCCGUGAAGCGAUCGACUCACCCGUCAGUUUUCUGGCAUUGCACAAUCAAAUUCGAAACAUGAAAAGCAACUCGGAAUUGCAAAAGUUGCAGCAAUUGAAAGAUGAAACCGGUGAAUUGUCAUCAAGCGAUGAAAAACGCUACCGAGCAUUGAAGAAAACAUCUGAACGUGAACUGUUGGAAGCGGCUGACGUUAUUUGCUGUACAUGUGUGGGUGCCGGUGAUCCGCGAUUAUCUCGCAUCAAAUUCCAUUCAAUUUUGAUCGAUGAAAGUAUGCAGUCGACUGAGCCGGAGUGUAUUGUGCCAGUGGUGCUUGGAGCAAAGCAACUCAUUCUCGUGGGUGAUCAUUGCCAGUUGGGCCCAGUUGUAAUGUGUAAAAAGGCGGCUAAAGCCGGUUUAUCGCAAAGUUUAUUCGAGCGAUUGGUUGUACUCGGCAUUCGACCGUUCCGUUUGGAAGUUCAGUAUCGUAUGCACCCGGAACUGUCACAAUUCCCGUCGAAUUUCUUCUACGAGGGCAGUCUGCAGAAUGGUGUGCGUGCCGAUGAACGGAAGAUGAAGAAUGAUUUCCCAUGGCCGCAGCCAGACCGCCCAAUGUUUUUUUUGGUUACACAAGGUCAAGAAGAAAUUGCCGGCUCGGGAACAUCGUAUUUGAAUCGAACCGAAGCGGCAAAUGUGGAAAAAAUCACCACUCGCUUCUUGAAGUGUCGUGUUAGUCCUGAGCAGAUUGGAAUCAUCACACCCUAUGAGGGUCAACGUGCUUAUUUGGUACAGUACAUGCAGUAUCAAGGUUCAUUGCACUCGAAAUUGUAUCAAGAGAUUGAAAUUGCCAGUGUUGAUGCGUUCCAAGGGCGUGAAAAAGAUAUUAUAAUUAUGUCAUGUGUUCGGAGCAAUGAACAUCAAGGAAUUGGUUUUUUGAAUGAUCCACGUCGUUUGAACGUCGCAUUGACGCGUGCCAAGUACGGUAUAAUCAUUGUUGGUAACCCAAAAGUGCUGUCAAAGCAACCACUAUGGAAUCAUUUGUUGAACUUCUACAAAGAACGUAAAUUAUUGGUCGAAGGUUCACUCAAUAAUCUAAAAGAGUCAAUGGUUCAGUUCUCUAAACCAAAAAAGAUUGUCAACACAUUUAAUCCUGGCACACAUUUCAUGUCGAAUGCCAUGUACGAUGCAAAAGAGGCCAUGGGAGCCGGUUCAUUCUACGAUAAGAGCAAUGGAGCUCUGAACAAUGGCUUAGGUGGUUACAAUGCACCGUAUAUGCAACAGCAAAUGCCUUUGCAACAACCCAUGCCGAAUGCCGGCUUUCAGCGAAACUCUAUCGAUAUGUUUGGACGCAAUCACGAUCCAAUUGGCUACAUAUCACAAGAUCGUGUUCAAGCGGCUAUGAAUAACAAUAUGCCGGUGCCGGUUGGUAUGUUCAUGAACACCAUGUCAAAUGUUUCGCAACGUUUCUACAAUCAAGCUGCUCAGGCAGCCCAGCAAAAUCAACGGCAACGCAAAUCAACAUCAAAAACUCCAUCGAAACCGCGUCCAAGCAACUCACAAGCCGGUUUCAGUCAAGGCAACCCACUUACACAGGGAAUGUCACAGAAUAUGAGCCAACCGGGUUUCAGUUUGUCACAGCAACCCGAUCUACUGUUCAACGACUACAUGAGUGGCGACUAUCAAUCACAAAUGGACAACAUCUUGUCACAAGACUCAUCCUUCCAGAGCCAGGGCGGAAAUUUUGGCAGCGGCACCGCUGGUGUUCCGCCAUCAAAUCGAUUUUCGUAACAGAACUUGGGCUUAACGACAAACGUGAAUGGUGUUUGAAUAACAAAUGGAAACGAGAUCACACACACUUACACAGACAUUGAGUUACGUUAUAAGAACAAUCUAAAUGAGGAGACCAUAAGGCCACAUGGAGAAUAAAACCAAUCAAAAGCGGUACGUUUUAAAUCGAAGCAUUUUACACAGUAAAUAUUAUCGUUGUUUCAUUCAACUCACAACGACAACACGGGAGGCUGCUGAAUGAAACGAACGAGAGAGAUCAUGAUGUGAAAUGAAAGUAACCACACAUCAAACGGAACAACAACAAAAAACAGAAUGAAAUUUGUGGUAAGUCAACAGCAAAAAACCAAAAGAAUAAAAACCAAUCAGCGUACCGUUAAAGUGGAAAACUUUUAACUAAAUAUCAAUAAAAUAAAAAAAAGGGAAUGAAACAAAAAACAUACACACAUACAAAAAUAAACAAAAUGCGCAUUAAGAACACAAAAAACGGAAGGGAUUUGCUUGAAUUAAUUAUAUUUGAAAUUUGCACAUCAUUCGAGUUAAAUACAGUUAGAAAAUCAAGAUUCAGACGCAAACCUUUUUUUCUGCAUGCGAAAGAAAAUGUCAGAACCAGAGCAGCUGUAUAUGCUUUGCAUUGCACGCGAAAGAAAUGUGACGUUCGUGUCGAAGAAGAACUGAGGUUUAGCAAAGGCCUCGGCAGAAUAUGAUAGAGAGAGAGAGAGAGAGUGAGAGUAUGGCCGAAGAAGAGCGGUUGAUCCUUGAAACGAUGUACUUUGAUUUAAAAAAAAAUUGUGGCUAUUUAGUAGUUUGACAUUCAAUACUUCUUGGAAGAUGGCUGAACAUCUUCCGGCCACUCCAGAAACAAAGCGACUCGCCGAGCAUGUCUGUUUUAAGAUCACCGUUUGUACGAAACAAAUGUGGUUUAACUUCGACUGUUGCAUAUACUGAAUUUUGUUUUUUUCAUUUUCGGCUUCGAAAUGGGUAGUGUUCUGCCAGUGAAAAAUAGAAAAAUGAAAAUCUUCAAUAUACCGCUUCCAUUUUUUCAAUUCAUUUGCGCAUUCUUGAUGCAAUCAAGAGCAAGAUCACUUACGUUUUUUUCUUUCUUUUUACUGUCUUUUUAACCAUUGUUAUUGUGAAUUUCAGUUUACCAUAAAUUUUUUUCCAAUUCCCAAAACCCAAAUUUGUCACCUCAAAUAUCAUAAUUCUAUGAACAAUGAUUCAGCAAAUGAAAUGUUCAAUAUUUGUCGAAAGAAAUAGUUCUUUCAUUCAAUUGUUUUUUCUCUAUAAAAAAUGCUUCCUCUUUUUUCCAUUUUUCUGUUCUAAUUGGACAUAAAUCGGAAUUUAAAUUUAAAAAAAUGUCAUAUAAAUGAUUCUGAUGAAAUUUUUUUUAACAAAAAUAAUUUGGCUAUUCGUAAAAGAGAAUCUUAAGAAGGGAAACAAAUUUUGGGAAUUUUUUUUCUUUAUCUUUAAUUUUUGUUUAUCAUAAAUUUGAAACAACAAAAAAUGUCAACUAAUAAAAUUUGAUUUUUGUUAUUCCGAUAAAA